AUGCUAAUUGAGUCUAGUGAAGAUGAGGAAAUUGUGAUGGAAGAGGAGGUUAAUACUAAGAUGAGUAAAGAGCCUAGUUUAAAGAUGAAGUCUGGUACUGUUAUUAAUAGUAUUAAUAUGCUUCCUUCUAUUUUGGGUGAUGCUAAUAGUUGUAAAAAGGUGGAUGGUGAUAGUCAGGGGAACUUGUUGAACUCUUAUGCAGGUGUGUUAAAAGGUAAUAGACAUAAGGGUAAGAUUGAUGUCAAGUUUAUUCCAGGGGAAAAAGGCAAAGAAGAAGGACCUGUUAUUAUCCCGAUUGAGAAUUUAAAGAAAGCGAGUAUUCCAUAUACUUAUACUUUAUAUGGAUAUAUGAUUGAUAAGAAGUUAGCGUUUCCUGUGAUUCAGCAAGAGGUUAGAAGGCUAUGGAAGAAUGUGGGUCUUGAAGAGAUAUUCAUGAACAGUAAAGGGUUUUUCUUUUUUAAAUUUAGUGAUGAGCAGGGGAUGUUAUCUAUAUUGGAGGGAAGCCCAUGGUUGAUGUUCAAUAAUAUGCCAUUAUUUCUUCAAAGGUGGAGACCAGGUCUGAAAUUAACCAAGAAUAGUCAUGAUAAAAUUCCGGUGUGGAUCAAAAUCUUUGAUUUACCUUUGGAAGUAUGGAGUGGAGAGAAUUUGUGUAUUAUAGCGAGUAAGUUGGGGGUGCCUCUGGCUUUUGAUUCUUUUACUGAGGAGAUGUGUUUGGAACACAAGGGUAGAAACGCUUAUGCUCGAAUUCUUGUUGAAAUGGCGGCUGAUAAGGAAUGGAUGAGGAAAAUUGAGGUUUCUACUUGGGAUUUUGUUACUAAUUCUGCUGUGGUUCAGAGUUUUGAUGUGGAGUAUGCUUGGAUGCCUUCUAGAUGUAAUCACUGUAAGGUUUAUGGGCAUACGGAUAAAGUUUGUUUGGCAACUUUGAAUGAAGAGAAAGUGGUAAAGAAUGGGGAUAAUGGGAACAAUAAGAGAAAUAAAGGGAAGGAAAUGGUUAAUGAUGAUGGAUUUACGGAGGUUGUUUAUAAGAAGGUUGCAGGAAAUAAUGAUGGUGAAGGUACUAGUAAAUCUAAGGAGGGUCAUGCUCAAUUGUAUAAUCAAAGAUAUAGUGGGAAGAAUGGAAAUUUUAACAGGGGAAAUAAUUUCAGAGGCAAUUAUGGGAAUAGAGGUGGUAAUGGAAGGGGACAGAAUGGGAAUUGGAAUAAUAAAGGGGUGGGUCAUUGGAAUUUGGAAAAGAAUAGAAGAUAUGAGAAGUUUGUUAAUGGUCAGGCUUUGGUUGGUAAUCAGGGGAAAAUGGAGAAUAAGAUGCAGGGGAAUGCUAUAAAGGAUGAACAUAAAAGUGGGUGUUAA